UCUGUGUAGGGCUGCUGAUCAACAGGAAAUCUGAUAGACAGCUUGUUUAAGACACAACGGCAAAAACGGUUGAAGAAAAUGCUAAAAAUGCAAUAAUGCAAGUUUAACAGGUUUUGGUAAUGCGUAGGCUAAAGACGGCUUUGUGCGCGCGCUCGAGUGGAAGACUGAAAACAAGCUAUAUGGUGUGACAAGCCUGCACACGACAAACCGACCCACCGACCGACCGGCAGUGACCCCGAGCUACGGCUACCGUGACAUCACGCACCGGACCCGUGCACGCGCCACCGCGAAGAGUCCAAUCACAGCGCGCGCUCCACACCCACGCGCAUACAAACCACCGCGCCGCGAGCAGUGUUUACAGUGCAUACUCCGCCGGACUCCACAGGUGAACAGGUGUGUUAGACUUCCAGUUCCUGUCUCUGGGGACGAAUUAAGGGUCAAGAGGCUUCGCCGACCGUCUCACAGGAGAAGAGCCAAAAGAAGAGGAGGAAGUGACUUCACAACUAGGAUGAGGCUGACGCAGGAUUUGAGUCCAGCCGUGGUGCUUGUUUUCAGGCUGGUGGUUUGGCUGUAUUCCCUCAUCUCCUACCUGCCGUACCUGUUGCUGAGAUCACCUGAGUCUCAGUCGCUGUCGGAGUGCUCGCGGAGGCUGAAGGCACGGUCGGUGAGCGGAGACCCUGCAGGACCGUAUCGGGAUGUGGCGGCGCUGAAGGGGCUGGAGAUGUGUCUGCACCCCGGGAUCAACACACUGGAUCAGGUGUUCCAGUCCUCCGUCUCCCACUUUCCUAACAGUGACUGUCUGGGCACCAGAGAGUUGCUGAGCGAAGAGGACGAGACUCAAGAGGAUGGAAAAGUCUUUAAGAAGGUGAUUCUGGGAGAGUAUCGCUGGAUGUCAUAUGAGCAGGUUUUUAAAGAAGUGAAUGCUUUUGGAAGCGGUUUGGCUGCUCUUGGACAGAAACCAAUGAAAAACAUUGCCAUCUUCUGCGAGACGAGAGCUGAGUGGAUCAUAGCAGCGCAGGCCUGCUUCAUGUACAACUUCCCACUGGUAACACUUUACUCUACUCUGGGUGGUCCUGCUAUUGCUCAUGGGCUCAAUGAAGCCGAAGUUUCUCACAUCAUCACCAGCAAGGAUCUUCUGGAAACCAAACUCAAGAGCAUUUUCAUCGAGGUGCCCAGAUUGUGCCACGUCAUCGUGGUUGACGAUAAGCUCAGCACCAGCUCUGAAUACCCACGAGGCAUCAGCAUCCACAGCAUGGCGUCGGUGAAAGAACUUGGGGCUCGUCCUGAGAAUGCGUCAAAGCCGAAAAAUCCUCCAUGCUCCUCUGAUGUGGCUGUGAUCAUGUACACCAGCGGAUCCACUGGAGUGCCGAAAGGAGUCAUGAUCUCUCACAGUAACAUCAUCUCUGGGAUCACCGGAAUGACACACAGGAUUCCCAAGCUCGUUGAGGAUGACACAUAUAUUGGCUAUCUUCCACUGGCUCAUGUGCUGGAGUUGAGCGCUGAGAUGGUGUGUUUGGCUCACGGCUGUAGAAUCGGCUACUCUUCACCACAAACACUCUCAGAUCAGUCGACCAAGAUCAAGAAGGGAAGCAGAGGAGACAUCAGCGUCCUGCGGCCCACUUUGAUGGCAGCAGUACCAGAAAUAAUGGAUCGCAUCUACAAGAAUGUGAUGCUGAGGGUGGAGCAAAUGAGUGGAUUUCAGAGGACUCUCUUUCUGCUGGCCUACAACUACAAGAUGGAGCAGCUGGCAAUGGGAUACAGCACUCCACUGUGUGAUAAGCUGGUGUUCAGGAAGGUUCGGGCUCUGCUGGGUGGGCGUCUGCGUGUGUUGUUGUCAGGCGGAGCUCCUCUGUCUGCGGCGACCCAGCGCUUCAUGAACAUCUGCUUCUGCUGUCCUGUAGGUCAGGGCUACGGCCUCACCGAGACCUGCGGCGCAGGCACCAUCAGCCAUCUGUGGGAUUACAGUACAGGGAGAGUUGGAGCACCGCUGGUCUGCUGUGAACUUCAGCUGAAGGACUGGAUAGAGGGUGGAUAUCACAGCACAGACCUGCCCUGUCCACGAGGAGAGAUCCUGGUCGGUGGGCCCAGUAUAACCAUGGGCUACUACAAGAACACACACAAAACCAGUGAGGACUUCUUUGUGGACAAGAAAGGCCAGCGAUGGUUCUGCACCGGAGACAUUGGCGAAAUUCAUGGAGACGGCUGCCUGAAGAUCAUUGACCGUAAGAAAGACCUUGUGAAGCUGCAGGCAGGAGAAUACGUGUCUCUGGGAAAAGUGGAGGCGGCCCUGAAGAACUGCCCACUGGUGGACAACAUCUGCGCCUAUGCAAACAGUGACGAGUCUUACGUGAUUGGCUUUGUGGUGCCCAAUCAGAAGCAGCUCCUGGCUCUGGCGGAGAGGAAACGUGUCAGAGGUUUGUGGGAGGAGCUUUGCAACAACCCUGUCAUCGAGGAGGCGGUGCUUACAGUCCUGACAGAAGCAGCACUGACAGCCCAGCUAGAAAGAUUCGAGAUUCCCCGGAAGAUCCGCUUGAGCGUUGAGCCCUGGACCCCAGACACCGGCCUGGUUACAGACUCUUUCAAACUCAAGAGAAAGGAGCUAAAAACUCACUACCAGAACGACAUCGAGAGGAUGUACGGAGCCAAGUAAGAGGCAAAUCACGGGACAGGAAGGCAAGAAAAAGUAACUGAUCUCAUUACAGCAACAUCCAAUCAGGAUGGAGAUUUCCAGUGGACGCUGCAGACCUGAACACUGAUCAUUUGGAGAUGUUUACACACAACUGAGUGGUGUUUUUGUGUGAUAUCAGAAAAUGGUACUAAAACACUAAAGCAGUACUUAAAGGAAUAGUUCACCCCAAAAUGACUCUCAUUUAAGGCAUCUGUAAACAGUUGAAGUCAAAAUUAUUAGCCCUCCAGUCAAUUCUUUUUC